AUGAGUGAUAGCUCAACUUCUGUUUUAGUUUUGUCAGUUGAUAAAUUUAAAUUAUAUCCUGGACUACUUAAUAAUCUACCAAAGACCUUUCAAGUGGCUCUAUCUGUGGGACUUCGUCAUGAACCUAUAAAAGAUAUCAUUUUUAACCCAGAAAGAUACAUAAUAGCGACUUUAUCACCAAUAAAUAAUGAAUCUUCCAAUUCUCCGCUCCAAGUAGAUCAUAGAGUAAAUCAUAACUUUUAUAUUCCUAUUCCAAAUUGUCUAAAUAAUAAGGCACUUUUAAUUCGCCUUGUACUUUUUCUUAUAAACUGUGAUGGAUAUAAAAUUCCAAUUUGUAGAUCUAUACUACGUCUGAGUAGUAUAAGGGAUCCUACAACAGUGAUGAAAUGGUUUCCAUUUAUACUUUACGAUAAGUUUCUUAGUUUCUUCGAACAACCGGAUUAUAUUAAUAAAAUUGACAAGGCUUAUUUAAAUAAUAAUAAAUUAAAAGUAACAAAUCCUGCAGUAGUUAAAGUUGAAGAACAGGAGACAAAUACUAAGUAUAUAGUUGGCUCAAUUCGUAUAUCAACAAAGCGAGUUAUUCAGAAUAGAUUUGAGCAACCAAAUUUUAAUGCAAUGAUGAGCUUCUUAACACCUGUAAAUACUGGUGAUGUGAUGAAAUUAUCUUUGAAUGAAUUAUAUAAUGACUCAUUAUCUAAUGAUACUGAUUCUUCAUUUAAUAAAUCAUCUGAAAAUUUUAGUAGUAAUGAUAAAUUAUUUAAUGGUCCAUAUAGUUCCCGUAUAACUGGUUGUUACUUAGAAUCAUCUAAUGAAGUAAUGGAAGAUAAAAUUAAAUAUCCUUUUUUUGAAUUUAAAGAAAUUAUUAGUAGGCAUGUACCACUUGUGAAAUUACACCAUGAACUACCAGUUUAUUACUACAUGCUAAAGAAAGAAAUUAAGAAUAUGAACGAAAGAAACAGAGAUAGUCGGAUAGUUUUAAUUGGUAAAGAUUUCUUUGAAAAAAAUAGAACUGGAACACAAAUACCUUUGAAAAUACCUAGCAAAAUAAUUGAUAUUUUGAAGUCAAGUUUAGAUUGGCAGAAAUGGCUCAAUAAAUGUAUGGAUGUAGCAAUAAUGCAAAGUAUUAAUGGUUACAGUAUAAAUAGUAUGAAUUCAACAUCUUUAGGUUCAGAAUCAGGUUUACAGAAUAUGGGAGAAGAGUUUGUAUCUAAUAUUAGGGCUAAUGAAAAAAUAAUCCACAAUUUUGAUAGGUUAAUAGAAGCGAUUCAUUCAAAUAUAGAUGUAUUAGUUGUACAUACUACUUUUACAGCAGCAGCUACUGAAUUUGCAAGAGAUGUAAUAGAUGAUGUAAUUUUCAACAAUGCUAAUCAAACUACGAAAUAUAAUGUUUAUAGGAAUCAAUAUGUAAUAUGGAAUUAUCAUUUAAAGAGAGUUUACCAAGAAUUAGGGAUGGAUUAUUUAACAAAUAAUAGUGAUCAGAAUAUUUCAGAAGGUAAAGUAUCAGAUAUAGAAUUUGAAUCUGAUUUUGAGGGCUCUGAAGAUGAAGAUGAAGUUUCUAUUGUGUAUAUUAAAGAGAAAUCAUUUGAUAUAUUAGAAAGUAGUGAUGAUAUAGAAAAGAGUAAAAGUGAGUAUUAUAAUAGUUUAAGUACUAAUUUAGCUCUUGACAUAAGCAGAAAAGAUCAUACUCAAACAAUACCUUUAUAUAAUUCUCUCAAAAGAAGACUUGUUGAAUCAAUAGAACGAGAUCCAAUAAAACCCUUAGAUCCAUCUCAUCCAUUUUCAGCUUUACGACUAUUUGAAAAAGAUCUUGUAUUUAUUCAUCAUAAUACAAUAGGAAAAGGAUUACUAGGUAUAUUAGUAUUAGGAGAUGAAGAAAUAUCCCCAGAAGAAGCCUCUAAAAUAUAUACAAGGGAAAUUACAGCUCAUAUGUCAAUUAAUGAAGCAAUUGUACAUAUGAAGUUACAGAAUGCUAUAAGAAUUUAUAAUUCUACAAAUUCAUAUGAUGAUGAAAUAGAAAAUAAUGACAAAAUAAAUGAAAAUAUACUUUAUAUUAUGGGAAAUAAGGAAAAACCAAAUCUAACAUUAACUCCUACCAAUCAAGAACUAGCAGAUAUAUUAAUUAAAGGAACAGAUAUGUAUCAUGAUGUAGUAAAAGAUUUAUUUCAUCCAGCUAUAAGAUUAUCUAGAAUUAAUCCUACUUUAAUUACAAGUGUUGACUACUGUGGAUUUCGCGUGGUUAUACGUCCAUUACCCCCUUUUCCAUUUACAUUAUGUGAUUGGCCUUUACCAAUACAAAGUAUAGAAAGAAAUGAGGUAUAUAAAAUUGAAAGAUAUCUAAAUAUAGGUAAUAUGUUACACCCAACUAAGAUGUUGCAUCAGUAUUAUCACUUACCUGUGUUGCUAAAAUAUGCUAUUGGUGCCCAAAUUUAUUAUAACUUUCAUCAUGUUUACAAAGUUUUUCCAAAGGAUCCAUGGAAAUCAAAUUUAUCAAGAGUUAGUAAUAAUUUAUAUGUGAAUAACAAACGUAAUAUAAAUAAUAGUAGCUUUUUAGAUGAAAAAAUUGAUAAAUGGUGUAAUUUAAGGCCUUUACUGAUCCGACAAAGUGAUACAAUUGAACAAUUACUAAAAUGUCAAGGCAAUAUAGAAAUAGAAAAACGUUAUCAUUAUGGAAUAGAUGAUUUAGAAUUAUUUUUGGAAAGUCAAUUAGAGCCACAUGGCUUGUGUUUACUCUGCUCUUGUGCUUUACAAAUUCAGUAUUAUGGCUACUUUACCAAUUGUAAUUUAGAUAAGAAUGCUACUAAGGAUGAUACUCAAAAGAUUAAAUAUAAUAAGACGAACUCUGAUACUUUAGUUCUAAUAAAUAGUGAUACACAUUGUAGUUUAUGUGGGUCAUUAAUUGGAAAUUAUAAAACAAAGGGCUCAAAUAAUAAAACAGUCGAAUCCAGUGAGUUUCAAAAGUAUAUCGUAAAAAAAACACCAUAUCCUAUAAUUGGGAAUAGUGAUGACGGAAUAGGAAUUAAAAUGAGUAGAGUUAAAUUAUCAGCUGCUUUUUUCCAAAUUCCAAACGAAUAUUAUGGUGAAUGGAGAGUAUCUGAGGGUAAUAUUUUCAGAAGGGAUGAAAUUAUUUGGGAACGUAAACCAGGUAUUUAUUGCUUACCAAGAAGUUGUAUUAGUGGUGGUGGCAACUUACUAGGAAAUGGUUUGGAUUUAAUUAGAUAUACACUAUCUCAAGCAAAAAGAGCAAAGUAUGAGGUUAAUAAUAAGCAACUUGAUUCUAAAGUGGAUAAAUUAAGAUUUUUGGAUAUUGAUGAUGGUUGUAAUUUACUUAAUCCAAUAAAAAUAACACCAGAUGGUAUCUCAAGUGAUCAGAAAACGUUAUUACUAUCUAAUUCUUUACAUACUAAUUGGUUAGGUAUUGCAUUACAUCAAUUAGAAAGUAUUCCAGCAUUCUUGCCAUAUGACUCUAUAACUCUGACAAAUUUUAUGCACUCCCGUGGGUUAAACUGUCAUUUGUUUGGUAGAAUGAUUAAUUGUACUCGUUCACCUUGGCUUAGGCAACUUAUUUCAGUGGAAAUAAUUGCCAGAUCUAUGAAAAAUCUCAUACCGAAUAUUAUUAAAACAUUAUAUUUAUCAAGUGCGCUGGCAUCUAUAAAAGGUGAAAAGGGAAAUUAUGGUAAAUAUUGUCCUUGCCAUGUUAUAAGCCCACAUUUAUUAAAGUUACAUACAAUAUUCAAACUUUACAUAACAUCCAUUAACAAUCGCAAAGAAAAGAAAUAUAAUGGUACUUUUGCACAAAUAGGUAUUCAAUCAAACAAAAUGAAUAUGCCAUCAAACCAAACAUAUAGAAAACAAACACCAUUAGUUAAUACUUCUCUAAUGAAUAAUCUCGAUAAAGCAACUAAUAUACAAUCGUUAACAUGGUCUAUACAAUCUCCUGUAUAUUGGAAUGAGAUAUUCCAUGCACUUAAUUCAAAUAAAUGGAAUGUAUUAAGUACCUAUAAUGUCAAUAUUCUUGAUAUAUCAAGCUUUUUUUUUGAUUGGGGUUCAAAAUUUUUUGAUAUUGAAGAUGAUAAUAACCAAACGAUUGAUAUAAAUAAAUAUUCAAGCUCAGUAAAACCAACAGAUAAUGAGUCACGUAAAUUAAAAAGUGUUUGUAAACAUAAAUAUCGCUUAAAAUUACCAUUAUGGAUACUCAAAUGUUUAUUUAGUAUUAAUGAUAAAGAUAUAAUGAGUAUAAAAAGAUACCGUUUUCAUCAAAUUACUAUUAUUCAAAUUAUAAUGACAAAUCUAUUUAAUUUAAUACUUGGAGAUUCUCCAAAUUCGCAGUUAUUUUGGACAAAAUUUAUAUCUUAUUGUUGUUGUAAACAAUUUGAUGUGGCUGAUAAUAGUUUAUCUAAAUAUAAAGUCCCUAUUGGUGCAUUGUUCGUAGCAUUGCAACAUCACAGUGGGAUAACAUUUUUUACAGAUAUUAAGAAACUACAAGAGAGACUAGUAGAAGAACCAUCAGCUCCAUUGAAGUAUGAUGACUUCAAUAUUUGGCUACCUUGCACAAAAAAGUCUAUGGAGAGCAACUAUACAGAGAGUUUACCAGUAUGGGCAUUAUUAGAAGUGCCAGAAAUUAUAAAAUUACCAAGAUAUAAUAACUUUUCUGUUAUAUCAACUCCUACUUCUUCCCAAAUACUGAUAUCACUAAGUAUGAAAUUAUCUGUAACAUUUGCUUCAAAUCCACAAAUGCUUAAUGAUUACAUUGGUCACUGUGAAGUAUAUUGUGGUGCACAAAGAAAUAUGAGAAGGCAAGAUUGGAUAGUCCAGGAAUCAAUGCUUGAAUUAGCUGGAUACUUUUUUUGGUUAGAGUCCAGUAAAUCUUGUAUUAAGAUAUGUAAUGAAAUAUCAUAUUACUAUCCCCAGGAUCACAUUGCAGUAAUUCAGACAAAAGUAUUAAAAAUGUGGUCUCAAGCAAGGCUUAGAGAUUAUGCAGAUAAAAAUACUAUAGAUUCGGAAGAUUUAUAUCAAAAUCACAUUUCAUACACAGCUAUGUCACCGGAGAUAUAUACAUCGACUAACAUAUUAAAUAUAAUAGAAUUAUAUUGGUCUGCAUCACAUCCAAUAAUAAUAGAUGUAUAUAGUGCAAUUGCAUUUAUGUACUUCAUACGUGGGAAUUUACAAUCGGCUCAAGAGGUACUUGAAAAAGCUAUAACGCGUUCAUUAGUUCUUAGUAGUUCUUUGGAAUCACCAAAUGAUAUAUUAAGAUAUUUUGGGAGAAUUUUCUUACCUAGUAUACAUAGGAAUUGGGAGUAUGAAAAGCAAAUAUUAGACAAUAAACAAAGAAAGUCAUUAGGUUACCCAAAUAAAUUGACAAAUGAGAUAAGUUACUCUUCACUAAUAAAUAAAAGUAAAAAUGAUUAUAAUUCGUAUGGUUCAUAUUCAUCAACAUUUAUUAAGACAUUAUUUAAAACAGUUGAAAAUCCAGAUAUGAACAAGUUACCUAAAUCACCACCUGUACUACGUAUUGCUUGGUUAUUAAAACAGUUGGGGAAAAUAAAACUAAUAAAUUCAUUUAAACUAAACAAAAAGCGGAUAUUAGAAAAAGAGGUAUUAUCAGAUGGCAUAGCCAAUAAUGGGUAUAAUGCACUUCCAGUGGCUAGUGAGACAAUAGAAAGCUUAUUAGAAUCAGCAUGCUUGACAAUGCAAUGGGCAUUAGAUAUAUUUGAUUUUUAUAUUGGACCAACCACUUUGGAAACAGCAAAUUGCUGUCAUGAUUUAGCUCUUGGGCUAUUAUUAAUGAAUGAGGUUAUUGAUAAUGAUGAAUCAGUAUUAUUGAAAAGAGCUUUAGAGUUACUACAAGCCUCACUUAAUGUCACAACAACUUUACUAUCACCAUUUCACUAUUUAUGCAUAGAAAAUGUAAUUCUACUAGCCUUAAUAUAUGAAAAAACUAAUUGUUACAAUGAUGCACUAUAUAUGUGGGAAAUAGCUUUAGAACAAUUAACUUCAUGUAGCAGAAAAUUUCAUGGAUUUCAAUUUAGGAAUUUAUGUGAAUUUAGUAUUUUGGGAUGGUGUACCCCAAAUAAAUACUUCGUAUCACCUUUUUCAUUUGAGUUAUUAAUGAAUUAUAUUAAUAAAAAAAAUAUAGAUAAAGAAAAUAACUAUGAAAAUAUCAGUCAAUCAAUGGAAUUAAUGGAAAUAUCAAAAAAUUAUUUAGAUAUUAUAACAAGUAGAAAUAUUUUUGAUUUAUCAUCUAUCUGGUAUAUGAGCAAUUUGAUGUAUUUAUUAUCAGUUACAAAAGAACGAAUAUUUUAUUUAUUUAUGAAUAUAUGCAAUGAAAAUAGAUAUCACAAAAGAUUAUAUCGUUUAUUUUUAUUGGCAUCUUAUUUAAAAAGAGGUGAUAAACUUGUUAAUUUACAAAAUUGGAAUAUUUCUGAUGAAACGAUUCUUGAUACAAAAACUCAGAUAUUUGGAAAUAAAGAUAGAAGAAAUAACUCAAGUACAUCGUCAAAUAAUUCAACUUCAGGAUUAUUAUUCAAUGUUCACUAUGAACAUGAUUCAUGGUUAUUUGAAUCUGAAGAAUCAGAUUUAGCAGUAAUAUCAUUUAUUAAUGAACAUCCAACCAAAAUAAAUAAGAAACAAUUAUUUAGUGGUGACGGCUUCUCAGGUCCUUUAUCAAUAUUGUUUAAUAACUAUAUGUCAUAUAAUGGAAAUAAUAGAUCUGUUAAUAUAAAUAAAUUAGUUAAUGUUUCUAAAAAUAUUGACAAUUCAGAAGAUGGUGCAGAUUUAUUGUGCAAUAUGUAUAGUGAUAAUUAUAACUCUAAAUUAAAUAUAUUAACACAACGUCUACUUUUAUCUUCAAAAUCAAUAAAGAGCGAAAUAUCAAAUAUGGAGAGAUUUUUUGUUAAUAUCAUAACCGAGGCUGAAAAUGAUAUAAAAAUAAUAUGGCUAAAUAUAAGAGAACAGAUGAUAUCAUACAAGACUAAUGCUUGUAAAAAGUGUAUGAAAUUGAAAUUAAUGAAGUCUAGAACAAAUCAUGAUAACCGAAUAGGUAAAUUAUCAAUGAGAAGAAUAAAGCAAAUCUUGAAUUGUGAUGACAAAGAUGUCAAUAAAUUAAAUGAUAAAAGUGAUCAAAAUAAUAUUGCUAGUAUGUUUGAAGUAGGUUAUGAUUCAGAUAUAGAAGGUAAUAUGGCCAAUAUACAAAGUGGUAAAGAUAAUGAAGUAAUUACAGGACUCAUAAAUGUUGGAGACAUGAUAUCAUGUCCUGCAUAUAAAUGCUCAUUAUUAUCAAUAAAGAAAGAAUCAGAAAAUACACUCAUGAAAUACAUUUCAAAAGGCAAUAUGCGAAGUACAUCAUGUGAUGCUGAUGAAGAUAGUGAUGGUGAUGAUAAUUAUAGUGAAACAGAUGAAAAUAAGCAGGUAGAGGAUACUUCAAAAGUAAUACAUGAUGCAAUUGACUCAAGUAAAACUAGAGGAACUAAAAUGACUCUAGAUAAAAGUUUACAUGUCUCAGGUAGAAGAUUGGUUAGCCUUGAAGAUUUAGAAACAGUAAAGUAUACAAGAAGCUCACCACUAGAUUUUAGAAGUGAGUCAUUAGAUGUAAUUAUUUCAAUCAUAUACCAUACCACAAAUAUAAAAGAUUACUUUUCAAAUUGGAAGGAAAAGGACAGAUCUAAAGAAAUUAAUUAA